GGAUCCGCUGUUUCGGCCUAGCGGGAAAAUGCGGCCUCUGACUGAAGAAGAGACUCGCGUCAUGUUCGAGAAGCUCGCAAAAUACAUCGGGGAGAACCUUCAGCUGCUGGUUGACCGACCCGAUGGGACCUACUGUUUCAGGCUGCACAACGACCGAGUUUACUACGUGAGUGAGAAGAUCCUGAAGCUGGCCGCCAACAUUUCUGGAGACAAGCUGGUGUCGCUGGGCACCUGCUUUGGGAAAUUCACCAAGACUCACAAGUUCCGGUUGCACAUCACAGCUCUAGACUACCUCGCGCCCUACGCCAAGUAUAAAGUAUGGAUAAAGCCUGGAGCAGAGCAGUCCUUCUUGUAUGGAAACCACGUGUUGAAAUCGGGUCUUGGUCGAAUUACUGAAAAUACCACUCAGUACCAGGGUGUGGUGGUGUACUCCAUGGCAGAUAUCCCUUUGGGUUUUGGGGUGGCAGCAAAGUCCACACAAGACUGCAGGAAAGUAGAUCCUAUGGCGAUUGUGGUGUUUCAUCAAGCAGACAUUGGGGAGUAUGUGCGGCAUGAAGAAACACUGACUUAA